CUUCCGUUCCCAGAGUCCAAGCUCCUGGGGCUCGCCCACUGGUUGUCAGUAAAGCUCUAGGAGUUUGAGAGCAUGGAGGUAGCGCGCCCUCCCUCGACGAUGGGGAAGUUUGUGGUGGUCGGCGGUGGCAUCGCGGGUGUCACCUGUGCUGAGCAGUUGGCUAUUCAGUUUCCAUCAGAAGAUAUUCUCCUGGUAACAGCUUCUCCUGUUAUUAAAGCGGUUACAAAUUUCAAGCAGGUUUCUAAAGUAUUGGAGGAGUUUGAUGUUGAAGAGCAACCGAAAACCAUGUUAGAAAAUCGCUUUCCCAACAUUAAGAUUAUAGAAUCCGGAGUAAAACAACUAAAGAGUAAAGAACACUGCAUUUUAACAGGAGAUGGCAGUCAGCAUGUGUAUAAGAAACUCUGUUUGUGUGCUGGAGCUAAACCAAAGUUGAUAUGUGAAGGAAAUCCUUACGUAUUAGGAAUCCGUGAUACAGACAGUGCUCAGGAAUUUCAGAAACAGCUUACUAAGGCUAAAAGAAUAAUGAUCAUAGGGAAUGGCGGCAUUGCACUUGAACUGGUGUAUGAAAUUGAAGGCUGUGAAAUCAUUUGGGCCAUUAAAGAUAAAGCUAUUGGGAAUACUUUCUUCGACGCAGGAGCAGCAGAAUUCUUGACUUCAAAGCUCAUUGCUGAAAAACCAGAGGCUAGAAUUGCACAUAAAAGAACUAGGUAUACAACUGAAGGAAGAAAACAAACCAAAACUGGUGCUGGUAAUAUGGGCAGUGCCUUGGGACCUGACUGGCAUGAAGGCUUGAAUCUUAAAGGUACAAAAGAGUUUUCUCAUAAGAUUCAUAUUGAAACUAUGUGUGAAGUAAAGAAAAUCUACCUUCAGGAAGAAUUUAGAAUUUCUAAGAAAAAGUCCUUGCCUUUUCCCAGAGACCAUUCUAAUCAGUCAGUGACAACUGAUAAAGAAAUAUGGCCUGUAUAUGUGGAAUUGACUAAUGAAAAGAUAUAUGGCUGUGAUUUCAUUGUCAGUGCUACAGGAGUUACACCAAAUACAGAACCUUUCCUCUGUGGCAACAGUUUUGAUCUAGGAGAAGACGGAGGCCUGAAAGUGGAUGCUCACAUGCACACGUCUCUCUCUGAUGUCUAUGCUGCGGGUGACAUCUGCACCGCAUCCUGGAGGCCCAGCCCGGUGUGGCAGCAGAUGAGGCUGUGGACGCAGGCUAGACAGAUGGGAUGGUAUGCAGCGAAGUGCAUGGCUGCAGCUAGUUUAGGAGAAUCUACUGACAUGGACUUCAGCUUUGAACUUUUUGCUCAUGUAACAAAAUUUUUUAACUAUAAGGUUGUACUGCUGGGAAAAUACAACGCACAGGGCUUAGGUUCAGAUCAUGAAUUAAUGCUGAGAUGUACCAAAGGACAAGAGUACAUCAAAGUUGUCAUGCAGAAUGGGCGAAUGAUGGGAGCUGUCUUAAUUGGUGAAACUGACUUAGAAGAAACAUUUGAAAACUUAAUUUUAAAUCAGACCGAUCUUUCAUCAUAUGGAGAAGAUCUGCUAGAUCCAAAUAUUGAUUUAGAAGAUUAUUUUGACUAAAAAAGGCAUUUCAAGAACUACAUAAAGUUCCAAAUAACACAAAGUCACAAUAAGGUAAAUGCACUGAUUAAAUGAAGAAUACAGAAGUGAUAAUGAUUUCAGUGGGAAAAUGUAUGUAAAUUAACACAAAACUGACCACUUAUGUAAAUGUAAGGAUUUAA